CAUACACGUGUAAUAACGAUUUUAACAUCAACGCGUGUGAAAGAAAAAGGAAAGUUGCUUCCUUCCUAUCCUUCGAUCUCAAUCUUCUGUGAACACAAAAACACGGAAGAACAUAACCAAACCAAACCAGCAAAGUCCUAAGAUCUCCCCCACCCCCAGUGAUCUGCGAUCGAUUCGGUUAGGGAAGAAGAGAUCGAAGUGUGGUUUUCUUCAUAGCCGGUGAAUUAAAGCAAGAUCCUCAAGUAACCAUGAUGAAUCGGUUGUUCGGGAAACCAAAGGUGGAGAACAAUGCUCUCCAGACAUUAGACAAGCUUAACGAGACACUUGAGAUGCUAGAGAAGAAGGAGAAGGUACUCUUGAAGAAGGCUGGUCAAGAGGUCGAGAAGGCUAAAGAAUACACUCGUGCUAAGAACAAACGCGCGGCUAUACAGUGUUUAAAAAGGAAGAGGUUAUACGAGCAACAAGUCGAACAGCUUGGCAAUUUCCAGCUUCGUAUACAUGAUCAAAUGAUUAUGUUAGAAGGCGCGAAAGCAACAACCGAAACUGUUGAUGCGUUGAGGAGUGGAGCUUCUGCAAUGAAAGCAAUGCAGAAAGCUACAAAUAUCGAUGACGUGGACAAGACCAUGGAUGAGAUCAAUGAGCAGACAGAGAACAUGAAACAGAUCCAAGAAGCAUUAUCGACUCCUAUCGGGGCAGCAGCUGACUUCGACGAGGAUGAGCUAGAAGCAGAGUUGGAAGAGCUAGAAGGUGCAGAGCUUGAAGAGCAGCUUCUUCAGCCCACCACAGUAUUGCCUUCGGUUCCUGUGCCUGCAGGGCGUCAAGCAGCACGUCCUACUCCUAAGCGGACCGCAGAGGAGGAAGAACUUGCUGCAUUACAGGCUGAGAUGGCCCUCUAAGGUUGUAUUCACGAACCGGAGAAGACCUGUAUGCAUUGAUAAACCAAGAACAGGCGAUGUAUAUAAGGAUCUCAAUGUCAAAAAAAUUUAAAACCUGAGCGAAACUUAAUAAUAAAUAAUCCUCGUCGUACAAUGUUAUUUUUAUCAACAAUUGACUUUUUCUUCUCCACAUAUACUAUUAUCUUUUGUAUUUGAUUUGGUAAUCUGAUGGGUUACUUACUGCGUA